CUCGUACGCGACUAGGGACACUCAACAGCGGCUGUGGCCUAGACACCUUCUACAUCGGUUCCUACGUAGGUCUCGUAUCAGCAACGGGUGCAGGGGGACCCUCAGGCGCCGUGAUCACGAGACCGUCGUGCUAGGCCGGUAACAUCUUUCCAAAGUGAUCUGCACUUCUGACGGGCGUAGAACGACGGGCCGCCUAGCAUACCUGACCGUUUUAACACUCGAUGUGCUCUGCCUGCGACAGCUCCGUGUCCGCAGUGUCGCUUCUGUCAGAAAUCGCAUUUCCUCUGAACCUAAAUGAGCGCCUAAAAUGUGUUCUUCGACUCGAGUCACCCAGUUAGGAACCGCGGGGCGCUGGGCGAGAAACCCGCCGGCGUCCGUUGACGAGCCACAAUUGACGCCACUAAAAGUGCUAAGCGCUGCGUUCUGGACAGUGUGUCUCUGUGUGCGGCGUGUUUCUGUUGGUGGAAAUGCUGUCGCAUUCGGGACUCCGGCAGCUCUGCGCAUCUCUCAACAGCAGAGGCGAAGAGAGGUUGCGGCAGCAGCGUCUACGAACACUCACCACGUUUCAAGACGACGGCGACUGCGCCUCACGACCCCAGAUGCAACGUGGAAAGUGGACCUUGCGAAUGCCGUCGAAACCAGACGGCCAACGUCGAAAAAGCGGCGGCAUGGGUGUCGCUGUGACCGUCCAGUGCACAGAAUCGCUUCGGGGGACUUGGCUGUAUCGAUGAAAAGCUGUGGUGUCGCGUGGAGAGUGCGCGCGCCAGCGAGUCGGGUCGGUUGCGAUCGAUCUUUGCGUGGCGAGCACGCUGUCGUGUUGGGUGCGAGUGCGACUGAAAAACGGGCUUGAUUGCUCCGAAAAUCCACGAUUUGUUUCCUCGGUGAGCGUCCACAGUCCCGUGCACCUGUCGAGAAGAAACUCAGGCGUAUCCGGACCGUUUUUGCGAGAAAACGGCGAAAAUCCUCGAGCUCUCUCGGCGCCGACAGAAUCCCCAGAGCGCGCGAACCAGAAAGUCGCGAGAGCGCGCGCGCGCGGGCUGUAUGUACACCCGAGGGCUGUUUGGGCAGCUCUGUCGCAGAGCCAGUUUUCUCGAAUUUUCGUCCUUCUUGUUUUUGGAGUUUCCCCAAAUUUUUCCUUACUUGUUCCCACACUCACGUCGUCUUUUCAUCGGAGAUCUCUUCCGCGUCUCCUUCGACCUGAUUCCUCCGUCCACGCCGUCGAAGGCGCGCGCGGUGCUGCAGUUUCAGGGCGGCUGGCCAGCUCUUCUCGGCCGCUUCGACGACCCUCUCCGGGGAAAAAAGAAGUUUUCUCUCCUUCGUUGUACCUCUUUCCUCGUGUUAUCUCUCUCUGAAGCAAAAUGGCGAGCAAGACCACGUCUGAGGAGCUGAAAACGGCCACGGCGCUGAAGAAGAGGUCGUCCGAUGUCCACGCGGUCGACCACUCCGGCAAUGUGUACAAAGGAUUUCAAAUCUGGACGGACCUGGCGCCGUCGGUGAAGGAGGAGCCGGACCUGAUGUUUGCCAAGUGCAUCGUGCAGGCGGGGACAGACAAGGGGAACUUGACCUGCGUCCAGAUCGAUCCACCGGGCUUCGACGAACCGUUCGAAGUACCGCAGGCGAAUGCGUGGAAUGUGAACAGCCUGAUCGACCCCAUGACGUACGGAGACAUCGGCAUGUUGCCUCACACGAACAUUCCUUGCGUCCUCGACUUCCUCAAGGUGCGCUUCAUGAAGAAUCAAAUCUACACGACUGCGGACCCGCUCGUCGUUGCCAUCAAUCCCUUCCGCGACCUCGGGAACACCACGCUCGACUGGAUUGUUCGAUACAGAGACACUUUCGACCUCUCCAAACUCGCGCCCCAUGUUUUCUACACCGCCCGACGCGCGCUCGACAACCUCCACGCCGUCAACAAGUCGCAAACGAUCAUCGUGUCCGGUGAGUCUGGCGCGGGCAAGACAGAGGCGACGAAGCAGAUUAUGAGGUAUUUUGCGGCGGCGAAGACGGGGUCGAUGGAUUUGCGGAUUCAGAACGCGAUCAUGGCGGCGAAUCCAGUGCUUGAGGCAUUUGGAAAUGCGAAGACGAUUCGCAACAACAACUCGUCGCGUUUCGGACGCUUCAUGCAGCUGGAUGUGGGUCGCGAAGGAGGCAUCAAGUUUGGCUCCGUCGUCGCCUUUCUCCUGGAAAAGUCGCGUGUUCUCACGCAGGACGAACAGGAGCGGUCGUACCACAUCUUCUACCAAAUGUGCAAGGGGGCGGACGCGGCGAUGAAGGAGCGCUUCCAUAUCCUGCCGCUCUCGGAGUACAAGUACAUCAAUCCGUUGUGCCUGGACGCGCCAGGGAUCGACGACGUCGCGGAGUUCCACGAAGUCUGCGAGUCGUUCCGGUCGAUGAAUCUGACGGAGGACGAAGUCGCGAGCGUGUGGAGCAUCGUGAGUGGAGUGCUGCUGCUCGGCAACGUCGAGGUGACAGCGACGAAGGAUGGGGGGAUCGACGACGCCGCGGCGAUCGAGGGGAAGAACUUGGAGGUUUUCAAAAAGGCCUGCGGGCUGCUCUUCCUCGACGCGGAGCGCAUUCGCGAAGAGCUGACGGGGAAGGUUUCGUAUGCGGGGAAUCAGGAGAUCCGCGGCCGGUGGAAGCAGGAAGACGGAGACAUGCUCAAGUCGUCGCUCGCGAAGGCGAUGUACGACAAGUUGUUCAUGUGGAUCAUUGCCGUGUUGAACCGCAGCAUCAAGCCUCCGGGCGGCUUCAAGAUCUUCAUGGGCAUGCUCGACAUCUUCGGCUUCGAAGUCUUCAAGAACAACUCGCUGGAGCAGUUCUUCAUCAACAUCACGAACGAAAUGCUGCAGAAGAACUUCGUCGACAUCGUCUUCGACCGCGAGAGCAAGCUGUAUCGUGACGAGGGUGUCUCCUCCAAGGAGUUGAUUUUCACCUCGAACGCAGAAGUGAUCAAGAUCUUGACGGCGAAGAACAACUCGGUGCUCGCUGCGCUCGAGGACCAGUGCCUCGCCCCUGGAGGCAGCGACGAAAAGUUCCUCUCGACCUGCAAGAACGCGCUGAAAGGAACCACCAAGUUCAAGCCUGCGAAGGUCUCUCCGAACAUCAAUUUCCUCAUCUCGCACACUGUCGGCGACAUCCAGUACAACGCCGAAGGCUUCCUCUUCAAAAACAAAGAUGUCCUGCGAGCAGAAAUCAUGGAAAUCGUGCAGCAAAGCAAGAACCCCGUCGUCGCGCAACUCUUCGCUGGCAUCGUCAUGGAGAAGGGGAAGAUGGCCAAGGGACAACUGAUUGGGUCGCAGUUCCUCUCGCAGCUGCAGAGCCUCAUGGAACUUAUCAACAGCACCGAGCCUCACUUCAUUCGCUGCAUCAAGCCGAACGACACGAAGAAGCCCCUCGACUGGGUGCCGUCGAAAAUGCUCAUUCAGCUCCACGCGCUCUCCGUCCUCGAGGCUCUUCAGCUCCGUCAACUCGGCUACUCUUACAGACGUCCGUUCAAGGAGUUCCUCUUCCAGUUCAAGUUUAUCGACCUCUCGGUUUCUGAAAAUCCAAAUCUGGACCCCAAAGAAGCUGCGCUGAGACUCCUCAAAAGCAGCAAACUGCCCAGCGAAGAAUACCAGCUCGGGAAGACAAUGGUUUUCCUCAAGCAGACGGGCGCGAAAGAACUGACGCAGAUUCAGAGAGAAUGCCUUUCUUCUUGGGAGCCUCUCGUCUCAGUGCUCGAGGCGUACUACGCUGGCAGACGCCACAAGAAGCAGCUGCUGAAAAAGACCCCCUUCAUCAUUCGCGCCCAGGCUCACAUCCGCAGACACCUGGUGGACAACAACGUCAGCCCCGCGACUGUUCAGCCGGCGUUCUAGACACGUUCGUUUGCCUUUUGAACUCUUCUCAUCCAUUUGUUGUUUUCUCUCUUCGCCGUUUCCUUCGAGUGUCGUUCGUGUGGGUUUUGUAUGUGGAACUGCUUUCGACGAGAGCCGUUUGUGCGCUUCUUUGUGUAGAGGACGCGGAUCAAAGGCGGAACUGAUGGUGUCAGUCCGUGGCUCUUUUUGCCUUCUUUCUUUGUCCAGCAAGUCUGUGUUUCGAAGCAAGAGGAGAGACGCACACAAGCAAGGGCGAGGAAAGUUUAUGUUUGCAAACUUGUCUGCGAUCGCGAGCGUGUGAACAGCUUCCCCUCUCAAGGCGCAGAAAGUCGCGCUGCACGACGUUCGUGUUUUGGCUACGGGGACGCGUAGGUCGACGCGCGUCCAUUCGCUGCUGUGUGGUUUGCGUCUCGACGAGGAUGUAGUGUGUUUGCUUUAAGGACGUCUCUCUGGGCAGACGCGACUGCCGUCGUGCGUUGUUUUUUCGCUGGUUCCGUUCGAAGGCGCACACAGGCGACGGCCAGAGUUCGCGUUCGCGCUUCUUCAAGUGAAAACUGUGUGGCUCGCGCAUGCGUCGCUCUCGAGGCGCAGGAAAAACGGGUCGAAAUGAGCGUCUCUGAGACGCGCAUCGCACCGCGAAAAACCGCAGGGAACAUGCAAAGAAGACAGAGAAGCAUGUGGCGGUUUUCGUGUGCGGCGAAAUCUAGGAGAGAGGCCUAGAACGGGUGAAGCAGGAAAGAAGUCGCAACUGAACAAGGGAUAUCUUCUUUUUUCUUCUGCAUGUCUUCCUGCGAGAGAAGCAAAUGUCGUGGAUGUCGCCGUGAGCGUCGCAGCUGUUUUCUCGCCGAAGCAGUCACCGUGGAAGCCGAGGGAAAGGCACAGACCAGUGUGCGCGCACAUAGAGGGCGGGUUUGUGUUGCGCCAGAAAGUGGACGCACUGAGCAUCCGUGGAAGAACGAAAAAACAGCAAGUCAAAAACCGUAGAAAACGCGAGGAAAUCCAGAAUGCGUCGCCUGCAUGUUGUGUGCGCCUGACAUUUCAUAAAAAUCGGAAAUCUGUCUCUCGGAAAAGAGAGAGCCGAGAGUCUCUUCUAAUCGGUCUUGGUCUCAGAUCUUCGCAAAACAACAAGACGGCACAGACACGAGAGCAGAAGACAAACUAGCGUUUUUACACAGAAUGUGUCUCUCCUCAUACGGAACAUACGCACCGUCGAAUUACACACGCUUCAUGUGAUUACUCUCAUGAAGUUUCCUACGGACGCGCCCUUCCUUUCGUCUGCAAUCCUUGUGAAAGCAGAGUUUUACUUGCUUUCUCUGCAGCCGACGUAGAACAAGAAUUCAAGAUUUAUCCCAGUGCAUACACAUGUCUACGGGGUCGGCACAGACACACACAGCAGGAGUGGAGGAGAGGCGAAUGUUUUCUAGGUAUCUCUGCAGUGAGUUUUUCACGGAUAUCUAGGAAGCCGCCACUUUCCGGCGAAAAACUCAUUUUCACGAUGAAUUAGAGACGAAGAGACGGCAGAAUAGCGGCGCUGCGCCUGACUGCGGCCAAGGCAAGCGUAUGCAAAUUCCGCAGAGAAAGAAAAUCUCGCAGGCAGGAACGCUUGCGGAAGAGCCCAGGAAGAGAGGCACAAGUGAGAGGAGGGACACGGAUAAAUGCUGCAGAUUUAUUUCUUUUGUUGAAGAAUCCAGAGAAACUAAAAAGUGUGGGGGCAGGUCUUCGGUUCAGGGGCCGGAAGCCUGUGACAAAGACGACUUGUUUUGCAGCACACAGGUCAGAUCGCAAGAAACACUUGAUCAACCGAAGCUCUUUUACUUACGCUUGGAAAGGGAUACAUAGUUCCUGCAGAUGUGACUUUCUUCGGGAGCUCUUCCGCGCGACACCUGCGUACGAAUUGUUUCGACACAACUCUCAUCCUGCUUUCCCUGCCUGAAGAUUUCGGCUAAAGCCGUUGACUGGCGACAAAGACCGCUGCGCAUGCAUAUCGAGUGUUUCCAAGCCUUCAACGAACCGAAGACUGAACAAAGGUGAAGAGCGUGGCACUCACAUGGACGAGAUGUGGAGGAUCUCCAAACAUACCGCUGUGAGAAAAAGUUACGUAAAAUAGGCUAAUGCAGCUCCAGAAGACAACUGCGCUGUCGCAGAGAGGAAAACGCUUCUCUGUAAUGAGAGUGCCUCUGCAGAGAAAGUGCACUUUUCUUGGAGAGAUCGAUGAAGAAUUUUCAUCUUGAAGAGGCAGGUCUCGUAGCCAUCGAGUCAAGCCCAAGACUAGCAGCUUCCUUGACCUGAAGUUCGCAUGCAUCAGCAGCUUCGGUACCGGAUGCGUUUCCGGCUUUCGCGCAAGCACGGCACCAAAGAUGCUGAAGUCCAAUACAAAAGUGUUUCGCAAAGUGGGCCGGUAGAGAGAUGAAGAACAGGAAACAGAAUGACGACGCACGUGAACUAAAUGGGAGAAAAGUGCAAAGAAUCCAAUCCAGCAGGGUAGUGGCGGUCACGGGAAUCUCAGACACAACCCUCUCAAAAGAGAAAGCAUUCUUCGUUUACAGCAAAAGAUUUCUUCAACUUUCUUUGGCACACAGCGAACGCCGACUCCAAAGUACUCUCUCGCCUCAGCGACCACCAGUGGCUGUGGCACCUCGUUUUUUCGCACCGAAAACACAUUGUGGCAAAUCGUCCUUUGUGUCGUGGAACUCUACGCGAUUUCUUUUCC